AUGCCGUUCGGUGUUACUAACGCGCCGGGAGUAAUCAUGGAGUAUAUGAACCGUAUCUUCCGAGAAUAUUUGGAUCAGUUUGUCGUAGUGUUCAUAGACGACAUCUUGAUAUAUUCUAAGUCAGAAGAAGAGCAUGUGGAUCAUUUGAGGACGGUGUUGCAAGUGCUGAAAGGAAGAAAGUUGUAUGCAAAGCUGUCCAAGUGCGAAUUCUGGUUGAAAGAAGUCAGUUUUCUUGGUCAUGUCAUAUCUGGUAGUGGCAUUGUUGUAGAUCCAUCUAAGGUAGAUGCUGUGUUGCAAUGGGAAUCUCCAAAGUCAGCUACUGAGAUUAGAAGUUUCUUGGGUUUAGCCGGUUACUACAGACGGUUUAUCGAAGGGUUCUCUAAGUUGGCACUUCCGUUGACCAAGUUAACUUGUAAAGGUAGAGCUUUUGUGUGGGAUACACAAUGCGAAGAGAGCUUUGUAGAAUUGAAGAAGAGAUUGACGACGACUCCGGUUUUGACGUUACCUAAUCUGGGAGAACCUUUUGUAGUAUAUUGUGAUGCUUCUCUCAUGGGUUUAGGUGGUGUGCUUAUGCAGAAUGAUAAGGUUAUUGCUUAUGCGUCGAGGCAGUUGAGAAUUCAUGAAAAGAACUACCCUACGCAUGAUUUGGAGCUUGCUGCAGUUGUUUUUGUGCUAAAAAUUUGGAGACAUCAUCUUUAUGGUUCUAGAUUUGAAUUCCGAGAUAUGAGUUUAGUUUGUGAAGUGACACCGCAAAGUAUUAAGUUGGGAAUGCUUAAGGUUAAUAAUGAUUUUCUGGAUAAUAUCAAGGAGGCUCAGAAGUUGGAUGUGAAGCUAGUGGACAUCAUGGCUGGUUGUGGCCAAUCAGAGAAAAGUGACUUUAAGAUAGAUAUGCAUGGUGUGUUAAGACUGCAAGAUCGAAUUUGUAUUCCUGAGGAUGAUGAUAUGAGGAGGAUGAUUCUAGAAGAAGGUCACAGGAGUAACUUGAGUAUCCAUCCUGGAGCUACUAAAAUGACUCCGUUAUGUUGGCAUGAAUUUGGAGAAAGUGUAGUACUUGGACCGGAGAUUGUUCGAGAAACUACUGAGAAAGUGAAGUUAAUUCGAGAAAAGAUGAAGGCUUCUCAGAGUAGACAGAAGAGCUAUCAUUACAAGAGAAGGAAGGAUUUGGAAUUUCAAGCUGGUGACCAUGUGUUUUUGAGAGUCACACCCGUGACUGGUGUGGGGCGAGCCUUGAAGUCUAAGAAGCUCACUCCUCGUUUUAUCGGUCCCUAUCAGAUUCUAGACAGAGUGGGAAAAGUUGCUUACCGAGUGGCGUUGCCGCCAACUCUUUCUAAUUUGCACGAUGUGUUUCAUGUGUCACAACUCCGAAAGUACAUUCCAGAUCCGUCUCAUGUAGUACAGAUGGAUGACGUACAAGUGCGAGAUAAUCUCACUGUGGAAACUAAGCCUGUAAGGAUCGCGGAUCGGGAAAUGAAGACUCUGAGAGGAAGAGAGAUUUCAUUGGUGAAAGUUGUUUGGUUGGGAGCAGCUGGGGAAAGCAUAACAUGGGAAUUGGAGAGCAAGAUGCGAGACUCCUACCCCGAGUUGUUUGAAUCAGGUUGUAACAUUGGUGCUUUCAUCAUGGACCACAAUGAUUUCAUGAACGCCCUUCAAUCCAAAUUUGAUGCUCAAUCCGAAGCGAUUCGUUCCAUGAUUCAAACAUCGCUGGAUUCUCAUUCUGAUUCCGUGCACUCAACGCUGCAUCGUCACCUGCUUGAGGUGGAUUCCAAGGUGGUCGUACUUCGUGCGAAGGUGUCAUCAACUACCGCCGCCAAUUCUGGGUCGGUUUCACGGACGUUGAAGCUCAGUGUUCCACGUUUUGAUGGUUCUAACCCGCUGGAUUGGUUAUUCCAAAUCGAAGCAUUUUUUGACUUUCAUAACACUCCGGCAGCGUCUCGUCUCCAGAUUGUAGCAUUUCAUCUGGAAGGUCGCGCAGAUGCGUGGUUUCAGUUGGCAAUGCGUAAUGAUUUGCUUCCUUCAUGGCCAACGUUCUUGGAAGCGGUCCGUCAUCGUUUUGGUCCUACUACGUAUGAAGAUGUUGAAGGAGAUUUAUCCAAGUUAGCACAGACAGGUUCAGUAGCAGACUUCCAAGCACAAUUUGAAGAUUUGAUGAACAAAGUCAUUGGUAUCUCUGAGCCUCUACUCAUUAGUUUUUUUAUUACCGGCCUCAAACAAAACUUGCGUCGUGAAUUACAAUUUCAUCGACCUCCAACAUUAAUGGAAACCUUUGCCAUGGCCAGAGCUUACGAGGCUCGCCUUGAUGACAAUCCCCCGACGUCGAAAAAUUGGUCUCGUAGCCCACAUACAACCGCAUCCCUAAACACUUCAAACUCACAACGUAACACAACCCACUCAACCCCAGCCCAAAUACUUAACCCCAAACCACCCCACAUCACCACCAGCGGCUUGAAACCUAGUAACUUACCUCCUUUACUUCCCACACCGAACACCACUACACCGGUUCGUAACCUGCCGGCUGCCGAACUUCUUGACCGUCGCUCCAAGGGUCUGUGUUUUAAAUGUGAUGAGAAGUGGAAUCCAUCUCAUCGUUGUCAUAGUCGUGUACUUUUGUUAUUGGGGGAUGAUGAUGAGCCACCACCUGAAUCUGUCAACACCUCAGAAGACAUUUCUGGUGACAUCUCUAGUAUCCAUGCUCUGUCUAGUCAGAUUCAAGGUCGUUCCCUGCGUAUUUUGGGUUCAUACAACCAUAUCAGUUUUCCUAUUCUCAUAGAUAGUGGAAGUACACAUAAUUUUAUCAAACCAACAUUGGUGGAACAAUUAGGGUUGGCAGUGACUCCUUGCCCACGAUUUCGCGUUGCUACAGGUUGUGGUACAUUUUUGGUGUGUCAAUUUUGUUGCAAAAAUGCUCCACUCCUGGUCCAAGGCAUUAGUUUUGUUGUGGAUCUCUUUGUUUUGGCAAUUGAAGGCCCUGAUGUUGUUUUGGGAUUCCCAUGGUUGCAAUCUUUGGGCAAAGUCUCUCAUGACUACUCAGCACUUACCAUGGAGUUUAUGUGGCAGGGGAAACAGGUUCAACUUGUCGGUGACAAAACCUUAGCUUCUCAAUCAGUUUCUUUCCAUCAGUUGCAAGCUAUGAUGCAAAAGGCUGACAUUGCAGAGCUCUUUGCAAUUACACAGACCUCAUCUAUGCCUUGUCCGGAAUUAGAUUCAACAUUUCCGGGCGACUUACCAGCCCUGUUUACAGUGUUACUUGAACGCUUUGCUGCUAUAUUCGCCCAACCUAUAGGCCUACCUCCACAUCGCUCAGUUGACCACCGCAUUCACUUAAUUGAAGGGUCAAAACCUGUCAACGUUCGACCAUAUCGAUAUCCACAAUUCCAAAAGGCUGAAAUGGAAAAACUAAUCAAAGAAAUGCUUGCUCAAGGAAUUAUUAUCCCAAGCCAUAGUCCUUUUUCUUCCCCGGUGUUGUUGGUUCGUAAGAAAGACGGAACUUGGCGUUUUUGUGUGGAUUAUAGAGCUUUGAAUGCAGCUACAAUUAAGGAUAAAUUUCCGAUUCCCACAAUCGACGAACUCUUGGAUGAACUCGGCGGUGCUAUAGUGUUCACAAAAUUGGAUUUGCGUGCGGGGUACCACCAGAUUCGUUUGCACAACCGGGACACGUAUAAGACGGCUUUCCGCACACAUGAUGGACACUUUGAGUUUUUAGUGAUGCCGUUUGGCCUUACAAACGCUCCGUCAACAUUUCAAGCCACCAUGAAUCAGUUGUUUUCCCAAUUUCUACGGCGGUUUGUCAUUGUAUUUUUUGAUGAUAUUCUAAUAUAUAGUUCCUCCCUUGAUGACCAUUUACAACACUUGGAAUUGGUUCUUACUUGUUUACAACAUAAUUGUUUUUAUGUCAAACUGUCCAAGUGUUUGUUUUGUCAAGAAUCAAUUGAGUAUUUGGGUCACAUAGUUUCCUCCAAAGGUUAUUAUCGUCGCUUUAUUGCGCAUUAUGCCACCAUUGCUGCCCCGUUGACUGAUCUAUUGCGCCAUGAUUCUUUUUGUUGGUCUGAGGAGGCUACCACGACUUUCAUAGCCCUCAAGCAUGCAAUGAUGGCUGCCCCGGUCCUUAGCCUUCCUGAUUUUUCUAAGGAGUUCAUCAUUGAAACGGAUGCAUCAAAUGUGGGCAUUGGUGCGGUUCUUAUGCAAGACGGUCAUCCACUUGCAUUUUUUAGCAAGAAAUUGGGCCCUAAGCUACAAGCUGCUUCUGUUUAUAUUAAAGAGCUUCAUGCUAUCACCGAGGCGGUUCUCAAAUGGCGUCAAUACCUCUUGGGACAUUUUUUCAUUAUUAGGACAGACCAUAAAAGCAUUAAAGAACUAUUGCAACAGGUUAUUCAAACACCAGAUCAACAAGCUUAUGUGCGGAAAUUGUUGGGUUUUCAGUUUUGCAUUGAGUACAAACCAGGAGCAUCAAAUAAAGUAGCUGAUGCGUUAUCGCGUGUCCCUAUGGACUGGCCUAUAGAGGAGGACAUAGAAACUCAAUCGGAAUUGUGGGCCUUGGUAUCUUCUCCAACUUUUGGUAUUGUGUCUCAAUUACGAAAAGAAAAUGCAUCUGAUCCUGUUUUACUUGAGUUUCACAAUCAACACCGACAGGGUACUUUGGUAGCUCCCUAUACAAUUGUUAAUGGGUUGCUUCUACAUACUGGCCGAUAUGUUUUAAAUCCACACUCUCCAUUAUGUAAUUUGGUUAUUAGUGAGUUUCAUGAUACACCAAGUGGAGGUCAUGCUGGUGUAAAGCAAACACUUGCACGGAUUGCAGUGAAUUUUUUCUGGAUAGGUAUGCGUAAGGCAGUGGAGUCUUUUGUGGCUGCUUGUCUUAUUUGUCAGCAAAUUAAAUCACCCACUCAAGUUCCAGCUGGGUUACUCCAACCUCUCCCUAUUCCAGAAGCCGUUUGGGAAGAUGUAACGAUGGAUUUCAUUACGGCCCUUCCUCCGUCUAAUGGAUUCACUGUCAUCUUAGUUGUUGUAGAUCACCUAUCUAAGUCUGCUCAUUUUGGUUCUCUUUCCAGAACCUUUACAGCCUCCAAGGUUGCUGAACUGUUUAUUUCAUUAGUUGUCUGUCACCAUGGUUUUCCCCGUUCUAUUGUGUCUGAUCGCGACCCUGUGUUCAUUAGCAAUUUUUGGCGCAAGUUAUUUGAAUUGAGUGGUACCAAAUUAGCUAUGAGUAGUGCUUACCACCCUCAAACGGAUGGUCAAUCGGAGGUGGUUAAUCGUGGAGUAGAACAGUACCUUCGUGCCUUUACUCAAGACAAACCUUCUUCUUGGGUUUUGUAUCUUCCCUGGGCAGAAUUUCACUAUAACACUAGCUUUCAUAGUGGAUUACAAAUGUCUCCGUUUGAAGCUCUUUAUGGUCGCAAGCCUCCCACUAUUCCAGCAUACACACGUGGAGCCACAUCUAUUUCAGCUCUAGAUGAUAAUUUUACCACUCGUGAUGAACUCUUGCGCAACCUCAAAGCUAAUUUGCUGACAGCUCAAAACCGCAUGACUCAACAAGCCAAUUCCCAUCGUCGUGAUUUCACAUUUGCUGUCGGUGAUAAUGUGCUAGUUCGUCUGCGCCCGUACCGACAACUUUCUGUCCGUCUUCAUCGCCAGCAUAAGCUUUCCAAGAAGUUUUAUGGCCCUUAUAAGAUACUCGAGCGCAUUGGUCCGGUAGCGUACAAGCUCCAAUUACCUUCGGGGAGUCGCAUACAUCCAGUGUUCCACGUCUCGACUCUUAAACCUUUUCGAGGUCAAGAGAACCCUCCACAUCAGGAUUUGCCUCCCGAGAGCUUUGAUAAUCAACCAGUUGAACGACCUGGUACGAUUCUGGCCUAUCGUACUGUUUUGGUUCAGGGUCAGCUUCGGCCUCAAUUGCUGGUGCAAUGGAUCGACUCCCCGGCUGAUGAAGCUUCGUGGGAAGAUAUGGCUUCUUUUCAAGAUUGUUAUCCGGACUUCCACCUUGAGGACAAGGUGAAUUUUGAUGGGGAGAGAAAUGAUACGAGCCCAUUAGUGGAAGGCCCAAGAGCAUUAGUGGAAGGCCCAAUACCAUAUUGUAUAUGUUUUGUAUCAGGAAUAUACAGUGACGGUAGCAACUGUGCAAAUUGUUUCAACAAUGUUGAUAAUGAAGCUGCUAGACGAGAGGCUGUUGAAGCUACUUUAUAG